AUGAAGCUCCUGGUGCUGCUGGUUUGCAGCCUCCUGGCAUGGAGGGUGGGUGAGACACGGUCGGAUGCUUCGGAGGUGUUGCCUGCGUUGGCUCCUGGAGCUCUCAGCAUGAAGGAGAGCUUCCUGGUGCUCUCGCUGCACAACAAGCUGAGGAGCAAAGUGCAGCCCCCUGCCGCCAACAUGCAAAAGCUGGAGUGGGACGAGGAGCUGGCCCGGCUGGCAGGGGCGCGGGCAGCCAGCUGCCUGCAAGGCCCCGCUCCACCGCCGGCGCCGCAGCUGGGCUGGAGCGAGGCGCUGCUGCCGGUGGUCACCGGAGGCUUCGGGGCCGUGCUGGAGCGCUGGUUCGCCGAGGGCCGACGCUAUGACUACGGGACGGGGCGCUGCGCCCGCAAUGCCACCUGCCACCAUUACACCCAGGUGGGCGCGGGAAUCUGGGGGGGAUCCGGAGACCCCCGGACCGGGGUGACCCGUCUCCCGUAGCUGGUGUGGGCCACGGCGGGGCGGCUGGGCUGCGGCCGCUGCCUCUGUGCCGGGGGGCACGGCCCCAGCGAGGCCUUCGCCUGCGCCUACUCCCCAGGGGGCAACUGGGAGGUGUCGGGGACGCCCGUCCUGCCCUACAAGCAGGGCCCCUGGUGCUCCCUCUGCACCGCCGGCCUCUCCGGAUGCUUCAAGUCCUGGGACCACAGCGGCGGCCUCUGUGAGGUGCCCAGGAACCCCUGUCGCAUGAGCUGCAGGAACAAUGGUCUCCUUGACCUCAGCAGCUGCCAGUGCUCCUGUCCCUCGGGAUACACGGGAAGGUACUGCCAAGUGAGGUGCAGCAGACAAUGCCUCCACGGCAGGUUCAGGAAGGAGGAAUGCUCCUGCCUCUGCGAUGUGGGCUAUGGCGGCGCUGAGUGCGGCACAAAGAUUCGGUUCCCCUUCCACACCUGUGAUGUGCAGAUAGAUGGCGACUGUUUCAUGGUGUCCUCUGAGGCUGACACCUAUUAUGGAGCCAAACUAAAGUGCCAAGAGAAAGGGGCAAUGUUGGCCCAGAUCAGAAACCAGAAGGUCCAGGACAUCCUGGCUUUCUACCUCAGCCACUUAGAGACUGGUAACAGGGUGACAGACACCGAUUUCGACACUGGGAACUUCUGGAUUGGCCUCACCUACAAGACAUCUAAGGCUUCCUUCCGCUGGGAUGUGGGUGAGCCAUCCUCCUUCACCAGCUUCGCUUUCGGGCAGCCAGACAACCAAGGGUUUGGGAACUGUGUGGAGAUGCAAGCGUUGGCUGCGUUCAACUGGAACGACCAACGCUGCAAGACCCGGAACCGGUACAUCUGCCAGUUUGCCCAGGAGCACAUCUCCCUGUGGCAGCAGGAUCCCUGAGCCAACAGCUCCAGGCCCUGUCCAGUGCUGGCUGCUGCGCUGAGCCCAUGGCUCAGGAUGACCCCAGUGCUGUGCCAAGCCCAGGCCAUGAAGGCCCCCUCCCUGGCUCCUGGAGAUGGGGGGCUGAUGGGACCCAGGGUACCCACUUUACAUCAGCAUCCCCAGAACUGCAUUGUCUUCUGCUCCUCAUCUUCCUGUUGCCAUCACGCCGUGGAUGCCCUGCGGGCAGGGAGAUACCAGGUCCAACAGCAUCCUCCUUUUCUGUUGGUAGCCAGGAUGUGUCCAGAACUUGGUGCAGAUGCCAUGAGGGGACAUGGGGGGAAUUUUUAGUGGGCACAAACCUCAGCAUGUCUGAGGGUGAGGACUGGCUCAGCUCUCACACUGGGAGCCCCCCAGGCUGACACUGCAGGUUCCUCAUCAUGAUCUUGUCUUUCAUUAUCAUCUAGUUCCUCACCAUCACUUGGGUGGUUAAUAAAGACCUCUUCUUUGGGAA